AUGUCGUCCAGCGGUUGCAACAACGGCGACGAGGCCGCGACGAUCGCGCUGGGCCAACACUGGAGGCCCGUGGAGGUCCUGCCCUCUGUUUCUCCGUGCGUGGGUGCGGCUGCGCGGCCCGGGGUGAUCAGGAGCACGGGGCAGGGGCACGGACACAUCAUGGGCAGGCAGAGGGCCGACGACGCCGACGACGCCGCUGCCGCCGGCGCCGACGCCGUGGGCUCGGUGGCCGCCGUGCUGUUGGCCGCCACCGCCGCUGGUCUUCAGGCGGGGUCGGUGUCGUUCGAUCUCUGGUCCAGCGUGGGCGCCGUUUUCGUACUCUCCGCCCGCGAACGCCAGCAGUCUCACGGAGCGCUGUCCGCCAACGGCAGCGGCGAGGGCAGCCUGAAGAAGGCGGUGAGCCUGAGCUGGAGCGACCACUCCGCGGACGCGAGCACGGCGAACAGCGCCAGCUCCCUCGACCGCAAGGCGGGCGCCAAGGCCCAGGUCGUCGGCCCAGUCUCAAAGGCGCGGGACAUCCUGCGGCGAAGCGCCCUUGCCAGCACCAACGAUAUCAUCGAGCGGAAGAUCAUCAAAGAGGCGCUCACGGAGAGUAAGCGGCGCUGGGGCAAUUGCAUGAUGCUCCCCGUCAUGUGGUUCUUCUUCAUCUUCUACGCCCUCGCGGCAUCCAUCAUGGAGGACCCGGAGCAGAGGCACCUCGUGGAGAGCCCCAUACGGGAGGCGGCGGCGCGGACGACGAGUCCCCGACCCCCGCCAUGCUGCAGGGCAUCACCACGCUGCCAGAGGUGUGGCAGUUCAUAG